UUUAAAAAUGACCUUAAAACUAAUCCUACAUGAGUGAAACUUGACACAUCUGUUCACCAGGGUUGAAUUAGAUACAAAAGCAGAAGUUGAUGGAUUCUGAGAGGGGUUUUUAUACCACCGCACAUUGCUCUCUUGGACAUACAUCCUAAUUGCAAAGUUUGAAGGCCCAGUGGGGGCAGCAGCAGAACAUAGCAGUGAGUCUCUGGGUUCUGUUGCUGCAGAAUAUGUGACUGGGCAGCUGGCCCAUCUCCUAGAAGAUCCUUACAAGGUAGAUUUGGCAGACGUGAGAAGGGAGCAGGCAGACAUUCCUAACCCUGCUUCCCCAUCCCCUAAGAAACAGUAAUGAAGAGAAUGGGCCAGCUGGACAGUCCUUGAACAUCUUGCAGGAAGUAGCCAGAAGACAUCACUGGAUUGAAUAGCAAGGAGACACACUGCCUUUAAAAGUCUUCCUCAUAAAGGCUAACUAAAAGGUACAGGGAGGCCCACAUCUAUUGGGGAUAUAGGGAGACAUGUGUAGCUCUUGAUUUGGACUGAAUGGUAUACAUUUUUAGGGAUCUAAAUAUCACCCAAAUAGCUAUAUCCCUAAAUAACCAAAUAAAAACUGUGAGAUACUGUUGAUAGAUUUAAGUAUAAGGACAAAGAGGGAUUUCCAAAAGCAAGAGAUUUAGGAGCAUAAGUUCUAUUGAAAGUCAGAGUGAUUUGUGCUCCUAGGUGAUUUAGGAAUUUUUGAAACUCUUACCCUAAGUAUAAAAAACGAGUCUUUAAAGCUUACAAGCAAAUGCUUCAAAUUAAGUGGUAUAUGUAUCCAUGACAGAUGUAUUAAAUACAUUGAUAUAGGAAGCCUGGCUUAAGUGACCACUCAGCACACCAGCACAAAUUCAUUGCCUAACAAAGAGGUCUAGAAUCGGCUUAGAUUUUACAGGAAGCCUCUGGAAUAUUUAAAAUAUCAUACCUUAUUUUGAAUGGUGUCUUUCAUAAAAAUGUAUCUAUAGAGGAGAAGGCACUUGCACCUAGAGCAGUGAAAUUGCAUAAAGGAAUAGAGAGGAGGGGGGAAGCACUCUCCUGCCUAACUGUUCUCUCUUCCUGCACAGAGAAAUAAAUAAAGUAGUUAAUUUAAACAAGGGGAAAUUGGACUUCCCCUUGCCUCCCCUCAGGAUGAGGCUUGAUCACUUUUGAUUUACAUAUAGUCUAUUUUUCCACAUAUCUUUGCCCAGAUUUUCUUUGUCAGGAUAUAAAAUAUAAUUCUAAGCACACUUCUGAUAUUUGGAUUUACACAUUUUCUCAGUUUUUUCAUUCUUCAUGGACAUUUUAUUUGAAGCAGUUAUGAACUAUCUUCCUAGCCAGAUGGUGCCUUUGUUCCUGUCUAAACUUUAGUAGAAACUGGAAAAACCUGUUUGUUGAUUUUUUUUUUUUUGGUAUACCUUUCCUAUUGGCAAAAGAGAUGUGGAGAAGGUGGUGCCUUGCCUUCAGCUGUGAUGUCACUUUACAUAGCCACAGCCUUUUUUGUCCAUUAUUCCAGAGGCUUUCACUGGUCUCUGAGUUGUGAAGACUUGAUAGUUGUUUCAAUAAAUUUCAUUUGUUAUUUAUGGAACAGUUUUGUGUGAUCGCUUUAUUUUUCUUCAACUAAUGCAGAGAAACAGUGAUUUGUACGUGGCUUUGUUCCAGCCUUUAAACUAACAUCUUAUAGACCUCACAAGGAGCAUACUGUUGACAGUUAAGUUUUGUUGUACCAUGCAGUUUGCACAUAGGAAAUAACUUAGCAGUUUUGCAGUGGCUCUGGAAUGUUAUGACAGUGUUGGGUAAAUCAAGAUCUGUAACACACACCAACACAGAAGCAACAAGUUAAUGCAAAAAGUGGUGAAGGUGUGAAGAAGCUACUCUUUCCAAAUCUCUCUCUUUUUCUCUCUGGCUUUGUGUUGAUAUCAGAACAAGUAAAGUAAAAAUGGCUCAGCUGUGUGAAAACUGUGUGAAGUUGCUUCAGGACUUCGUGUCCCUUGUGAAGAGGAUGUCCUCAAGUCUGAUACAGAACAUUAAGGAAUAUUUGAUUCUGAUAAGUGAAUGUUCCUGUCUAAAACAAAAGAGCUCUGAAGCCAGACAGCUAUACAAACCUGUCCUUCAGCCACACGAAAAGGAGAUGGUGCGAGAAUUUCUACAGCACAUUGAAACAGGUUUUGAAAUGUCACCAUUUGGAAAGGACUCCCUGGAAGCUCUGAGGACCUUAGCAUUUUCAGAAAACCCUGAUUUACAGCAGUCUGCUGCUCUGUAUUACUUGCACAUGAGUCAGCACGUGAACACCCAGCUGCCUGCUGAGCAUUUGGAACCCUAUUAUGCUUUACUGCAGUCCAGUGACAUGGAGGUUCAGCAGAUGUCUUCCUUGUCCCUCGUAAAUUUUUUGCUGGAAGGAAACAUAAACAAAGAACUAGUCGUCCAAAUGGGUUUACUUGAGCCAAUUCUGGAGCUGCUCGAGUCAGGGGACUCUGCUGUCCAGUGCAAUUCCUGUGCCUGCAUAAUGACUUUGGCUGUCUCAGAGUCCAACCGAGAGGCCAUCGGCUCAGCGGGAGUUAUACUCUUGCUGGCACUUGCCAACUCCUAUGAUCCUAGAGUCCAACAAAAUGCAGUUGGAGCUAUUCUCAACCUCACACGAUCAGAGCGGAUCCAGCAAGUCCUGUGCAGGGAAGGAGCCCUCCCUGUCCUCAUACUGAUGUUAGAGUCUCCUGACUCAGAAGUACAGUAUUAUAGUUGUGCUGCUCUAAGCAAUGUGGCAGCCAACUCUCAGCACCAUGAAGCCAUGUUGCGAGUUGGGGACAGAUUCCUUCUGCGGACACUCAUUUCUCUCCUGUCUUCAUCUGUGGAUAAGGUUUCAAGACAGGCAUGUGUUUGUCUGAGGAACUUGGCUACAAGUGUGAACAUUCAGGCUGACAUCAUUGUUAUGGACAUCCUGCCCAAGCUGCUCUCUCUCCUUGCAUCUAGCAAUUCAGAUGUUCAACAAGCUUCUAUUGCACUCCUCUGGAUAUUAUCCCAACACCUGGCCAAUCAGGAUGCUUUAAUGCACGGAGAGAUGCUGCAGAACCUGGGGAUGCUAUUGUUAACUCAUCAAACAGUCCCAGGGAUCGUUGGUCACACUGCCUGUAUCAUCAAAAAUCUGAGCUUUUGCAAAAACAUACAGAGAAUCAUUGAAAGUCCAUGUGUGGAAGGACUCCUCCAGGCUAUCCUGUCUACGGAAAUUCAAGAAGAAUCUCUUAAUUACGUGACAUGUUCUCUUGCUGAGCUGGCAAAGCAUGAAGGUUUCACAUUACACUUGCUAGAAUGGAUGAAUGGACCCCUGUUAAAGCGCCUAGUGAGAUUGGCUGGGCAACGGGAACAUAUAGAGCCAUCAUUUCAAGCUGCCUCCAUUGUCCGACACAUGAUAUGUCAUGAUAAAGUGAGGUAUCUGCUGAAAUGCCACAUGGAGGAAGUCCAACGCUAUCUCAUGAAUUUUCUCAACCACCAAGAGAUUCGCUUUCAGCAGCUGGGUAUUUCUACACUGGGCAAAUUACUGGAAGAUCCAGAAUUUUCAUCUGCAUUCAGCCAGAGUCAAUUGAUAGAGCAUCUUGAGCAAAUCCGUCAACAGACAGAAGAAACUCAGGAGCUCCUUAAGAUGGUUAUCAGCCACAAAGGCAGUUAACAUUUUAUUUACUCACCUCAUGAAAUGCUAUCCCAGCCUGCAGCCUGAUCCCUCAGAAAGGGUAACCUUUUUUUUUUUCGUUAUUACUUCAAAUAGCCAAUAUUUUCCUACCACUUGCAGUUCCACCCAACACAUAAUGAC